UUGAUAGAAGCUUGUCUCUGAAAGACUGGAAAGGAAUAAAGAACAUAAUGACUGCUUUGGACGAUAAACUGCUUGGUGAGAAGCUCCAGUAUUAUUACAGCAGCAGUGAGGGUGAGGAUGAAGACAGUGAGAAAGAAGAUAAAGAAGGGGAGAGCACCGUUCCUGAAAGCAUUGGGGAAGUAGAACUUAGCAGCGAUGGCAGUGCAGUCAACACAGGUCCCAAAGGAGUCAUCAAUGACUGGCGAAGAUUUAAGCAGUUGGAAACUGAACAGCGGCAGGAGCAGCGCAGAGAAAUGGAACGACUCAUUAAAAAGUUAUCCAUGACGUGUAGAUCUCACUUAGAUGAGGAGACCAACACGCAGAAGCAGAAAGAGCUUCAGGAAAAAAUCAAUGGAAAGAUGACGUUACAAGAGUAUAACAUGAUUCACAACGAUGAAGAUGACGAGGAGUUUUUACAGCGGUACAGGAAGCAGCGGAUGGAGGAGAUGCGGCAGCAGCUGUACAGCGGGCAGCAGUUCAAGCAGGUUUUUGAGAUCACCAGCGGAGAAGCAUUUUUGGACACGGUUGAUAAAGAGCACAAGAGCACACUGAUCAUGAUCCAUAUUUACGAAGAUGAUAUCCCUGGCACCGAGUCCCUGAACGGCUGCAUGAUCUGCCUGGCCGCCGAGUACCCGGCAGUGAAAUUUUGCCGAGUAAAGAGUUCGCUGAUCGGUGCUAGUGCUCGCUUCACGAAUAACGCGCUGCCGGCUUUGCUCAUCUAUAAGGCAGGUGAGCUCAUCGGCAAUUUCGUGCGAAUCACUGACCAGCUCGGAGAAGAUUUUUUUGCUGUAGACCUGGAGGCUUUUCUGCAGGAAUGUGGUUUGCUUCCAGAAAAAGACCUAGUGCUCCUGACUUCCAUACACAACGCUUCCGCUUGUUACAGUGAAGACAGCGACCUGGAAAUAGACUGAGCCGCUCACAGCAAGGGCCCGUAGGUGUAGUUGUACUGUGGGGUGCUCUUGGCCUAGGGAUUGUUCUCUUUCUUCCGUAGUGUGGGUAUUUAUCUUCCCCUUCAUGCACUCCGACUUUGGCUUGU